GCCAGACGCAGCGAGACGAGGACCGACUGAAGAUGGAGGAGCUUCUAUUGCCGAGCGGCGAGGAGGAGGUUCGCUCUGACCACAGUUCAUAUGUUCCGGGAGACGCAGGGAGGACGAUGGGGGACCAAGUGAAGUCCUUCUUCCAGGUGACGGUGAAGGAGGACCUGGGUAAGAACUUGAAGAAGUUCCUGAAGAGAAACGGGCUGCUGACGCUGUCGGUCUUUGCGGUGCUCACCGGCUGCACACUGGGCUUCAUGCUGAGGGGGACUCACCUGUCCACACAGGCAAAGAUCUACUUCUCUUUUCCCGGAGAGCUGCUGAUGAGGAUGCUGAAGAUGCUCAUCCUUCCUCUCAUCACGUCCAGUUUGAUGUCCGGUCUGUCGUCGAUGGAGUCUAAGGCGUGCUGUCGGAUGGGCGUCCUGACUGUCACCUACUACCUGUGGACCACCUUCAUCGCCGUGGUGGUCGGCAUCGUGCUCGUCAUCAUCAUCAAGCCCGGCGUGGGGACGGAAGUGGAGAGCAACCGGCUGGGAGGGGGGCCCGUUAUGACCUCGGCUGAUGCCCUGCUGGACCUCAUCAGGAACAUGGUACCCUCUAAUCUGAUCGAGGCCACGUUUCAGCAGUACAAAACAGACCUGGUCCCCAUCCUCAAAGUCCCGGCCAGAACCAUCCAGCCCAACUUCGUCUACGUCGUCCCCGAUGACACCGACCCCAAAGGUCGGACGGUGUACCUGGAGCUCACCCCCCCUCCUGAGAUCACGUACAAGACAAGUCCCGGCAGCAGCCAGCAGAUGAACGUCCUCGGCAUCGUCAUCUUCUCUGCAACCAUGGGUCUGUUGCUGGGCAGAAUGGGAGAGCGAGGAGCUCCACUGGUCAACGUUUGUCAGUGUAUCAACGAGUGUGUCAUGAAGAUCAUCAAUGCUGCCGUUUGGUACUUUCCGUUCGGGAUCAUUUUCCUGGUGGCGGGGAAGAUCCUGGACAUGCAGGACCCGAGCACGCUAGGGAAGAAGCUGGGCUGGUACGGCAUCACCGUGCUCGCCGGCCUCUUCGUCCACGGACUAAUCCUCCUCCCUCUCUUCUACUUCGUCCUCACCAGAAAGAACCCCUUCUCUUUCAUCCGUGGGCUGCUGCAGGCCUUGGUGAUCGCUCUGGCUACCUCCUCCAGCUCUGCCACGCUGCCCAUCACCAUGAAGUGUCUGUUGGAAAACUGUCAUGUCGACCGACAGAUCGCCCGCUUCGUCCUCCCUGUGGGUGCCACCAUCAAUAUGGAUGGCACGGCGCUGUACGAGGCUGUGGCGGCCAUCUUUAUCGCUCAGGUUAAUGACUAUGAGCUGGACUUUGGCCAAUUAGUCACCAUCAGCAUCACAGCUACGGCUGCCAGCAUCGGGGCAGCAGGGAUUCCUCAGGCCGGUCUGGUUACCAUGGUGAUCGUACUCACAUCAGUGGGUUUGCCGCCAGAUGACAUCACACUCAUCGUGGCCAUUGACUGGAUCCUCGACAGGUUUCGGACUAUGAUCAACGUUUUGGGCGAUGCUCUGGCGGCGGGAAUCAUCGCCCACCUCUGUCGGAAAGAUUUCCCCCUCAGUGGAUCAGGAAAGUCUGUACCGUCAUACGGUACGCAGAAUCCUCACAACAACUCCCACAGUGUAGACGUGCCAAUGACAGAGAUCCACACUCACAAAGACUGCAUGUUCGACACGAUGGGCGACUCGGCGAGUGAGAGGCACGCACACACUGUCUACUACAACAUCUGUCAGGUGUGACAGAACAGCUCGCCUCAAAACAGCGUCUGGGAGGAUCCGGUCAAACCUCACUGUGCCAUCUGAUCAGGAGUGUAAAGAAGAGACGGACUUUGUGGCCACAGAGCGUGAAUCUUCACGGGAUGGGAGCCCAAGCAGCAGUUUCAUUUCGGUGGUUUAUAUUCCGUUGAAGAACAUGAUGAACAGAAGCCUGAUCUUCACCAGAGGAUUAUGGGUACCCUACUGGGAGUUCAUCUUCUGGUUUAAAAGAGAGACAUCUGAAAGCAGGAUGCUUGAACUGAUAUCCAGGUUUGUUAAUGGGACAGCUCCACUCUGAUACCUUGUUUAAGACUCUGUGGAUGAAAUAAUGGUUUAUGAAGUAAAUCCUUGCAUAGUAACCACGAUUGCUGUACGUAUCGUGGUAACCAUGGCGGUUUCUAGGGCUGCGUAUCAAACCUUAAUACGUCCCUGGUAGUGACCGGAAUGUGUCCGAGUUUGAAUAACUGUCAGGUACCAAAAGCUGGUAUCAAAUGUAUUCUGCCUUGUGUGACCCGUAGAAGAAGCGCACUACAGGUCCCAGGUUGUUUUGAUAUCAGGAUAGUAACUCUUGUUCCACAUGAUAUCCAGCUCUAGCAGUCGCCCGAACAAAUGUUAGGCGGAAAGGUGGAUCAGCACCUGGAUCAUUUUCCUGUUCGUCCCCUUUACUCAGACCAGAACAAAUCCACCAAAACCAGAUUGUUUUGAGGUGUUUUUUGGAUCCUGAAGAGUUGACAUCUUAGAGACUGUUUGUCUUUUUAUCUGGGAUCUUCUGAAGGGAAGAACUUCUUCGUGCUGCUGUUUGUUCUGAACCACAUCUCUGUCUUAUGUUCAACAAUUCUCUCUGGUGUUUAACAAACCUCUGACUGAACUCUGUAUUUGAUU